AUGACCAAGACCACCCGCGACGACAACUAUGUUGUGAUUGACAGAAAUGGCGUCAUCGAAAAUCGGCAUGAACUUCAUGCUGUAGUCGUCGACUCGACCGGAAAGGUCCUUUUCGUCGUCGGCGACCCGAAUCGGGUAACCCUGAUCCGCUCAGCAGCCAAACCUGCCCAGGCCGUUGCCAUUGUCGAGACUGGAGCUCUCGAAAAGUAUGGCCUCGGCGAAGCUGACCUCGCCCUCAUGUGCGCCUCGCACAGCAGCGAGGACCGACAUGUAGAGCGGGCCAAGGGCAUCUUGGCCAAGGCGGGCAACUCGGAAGCCGACCUGCGCUGUGGUGGCCAUCCCGCCAUCCUGCCGGACAGGAACAAGGCAUGGAUCCGGGCUGGUUUCGAGCCAACACCCGUAUGGAGCAACUGCUCCGGAAAGCACUCGGGCAUGCUGGCUGCUGCGCGAGCCAUUGGUGCAGGGCCGGAGGACUAUCAUGUGCUUUCGCACCCCCUCCAGCAACGCGUGAAGCAAGCAACGGAGGAGAUUGCGCGGCUCCCAUCGGAGCAGGUCCGAUGGGCCAUUGACGGAUGCAAUAUGCCUGCGCCGGCCUAUCCUCUCGUCUACCUGGCCACCACCAAUGCGGCCUUUGCAGCGGCAGCGGAUGCGGUGGCCAGAGGCGACGAGGACGUGACGCAGAGACAGCGCAGCAUGACCCGGGUCUUCAACGCCAUGUCGACGUAUCCUGAAAUGGUCGCCGGCGAGGGGCGCUUCUGCACCGCGCUCAUGCGGGCGUACAAGGGGCGUGUCAUCGGUAAAAUCGGCGCGGAUGCCUGCUACGGGAUCGGCAUUCGCGAAUGCGAAGAGACGAGGCGUCUUGGUGCGGUCGGGUCUGUUGGGAUUGCCGCAAAAGUCGAAGACGGAAACCUGGACAUCCUCUACAGUGCUCUCCCAGAGCUCUUGGCACGACUCGAUAUUGGCACGGCGGAGACGCGCAGCGCUCUAGAUGGGUUUCAUUCAGUGGCGAUCAAGAACACUGUGGGUGUCGUCACUGGCCAUGUCUCUUUUCCGUUCAAGCUGCAGGCGGUUCAGUCAUGA